AAUGGAUGAUGCUUACUCUCAUUAAGCUUCAACACCUCCGGAUCGAGAUAGGAAAUCCAAGUUAGAAACAAUGAGAAACGAGAAUAUGAACUUUGUUGAGUAAUGUUAAUUAGAUAAGUCUAUAGCUCAAAUGAUGUGAUAGUGGAGUAUUACAAAAAUCAGUAGUUAAUUUAAAUAUGGCUUUAGAUAAGCAACCGGAUUAGAUCGUUAUUUUCUUGAAAUAGAAUCUUGGUUAGAUGAUGAUAAAAGUCUACAUACUAAUACACCUUUAGUUCUUGAAGCUGAUGAUGGAAUAGGAAAGAAAACACUUUUAGUUAAAUGGAUGGAAUAUCAUGCAAGAAAUAAAAAAGGAGUAAUAUUAUAUUGAUUAUAGCGAUAUCCUGAUUUCAUCAUUCCACACUUUGCCACUCAAUCUGGAAAAAAUAGCAAUUAUUAUUAUGCUAUCUAUAGAAUACUUAUUAAAUUAAGAGAAGCACUUAAUAUUAAAUAGAAAGUAGAAUUGUUAGAAGAAAAACUAAGAAGAUAUUUUCAAUAUUGGUUAGAAAUUUGUAGUAGAUAACUAGAGUAAUAAAUUAUUAAUGGAGCACCAAUCAUUUAUGACAAAGUAUUUCAAUCUAAAUAAUUAUAGGUUAUUCUUGUUUUUGAAGGCAUUGAUAACUUUAGAGAAAUCUUAGAUAUGCAUAGAGAAGCUAAUGUCAACUUUUGGUUGCCAAAAUACUUUCCUACUAAUAUUAAAGUUAUUGUAACUGCAGAAAAAUAAUCUGCAUCUAUGAGACUUUUAAAACCUGAUUGUCAAGUUAUUCCUAUUGUAUCUGAUAAAACAGUCAUGAAACAAACUGUUAAUCAUCAUCUAGCCAAACAUUUACUUAUCUAAGUAAUUUUUUUAUUAUUCAAAUAAGAAUAUUGAUAAUCUUUUAGAUAUAUUCAUCUCAUUCAAUUAUAAAGUGAGAAAUCAACCAGUCUUUGUAAGAUCCUAUUUUUCUGUUUUUAUUCCAUAUCCUACUGAAGGAGUUGUAGAAUAAAAUGAAGUUGAUUAAACUCUUGUUGAAGACAUUCUUCAUCCACUCAAUUAUAAUCAUUUUAAAUCUAUCAAAACAGUUGAAGAUUUAUUUGCUUUUUAAUUAGAUUACUUUUCUAAAGCAAAUAUUAUGGAAAUUUCUAAAUUCAGAAAAGUUUUAUUAGUUUUGUCACUCACAUAAAAAGGACUUACUUAUCCUGAAAUUGAAAAUGUUUGUAACAUUACCCUCAAAGAAUGGAAAUUAUUCUUAGUAUUCUUCAAAGUUUAUAUUAUGAUACAUCGAGAAUUGUGGAUAAUCCAUAAUGAAAUUUUUAAAAAAGUUAUUAUAAACACAUACUAUAUUGAUGGUUAGGAAAUGUUAGAACUUCAUGAUAAUAUAGCUUCUACAAUAGAGAAGAUUACUCCAAAUUCAAUAAGAAAGUUAGAAGAAUAGACUUUCUAAUUGUUUAGUGCCAAAAAUUAUUUUUCUUUAAAGGAAGUAAUAAGCAUUAUUGAAAACUUCUUAUUACUCUUUAAUCCUUCUAACAAAUAUGAUCUGUGUAGAUAUUGGUAGUCACUUGAAGAGAAUGGAUUUGAUCCAGUAUUAGAAUAUAAUAAAGCAGUUGAAGGUUUUCAAAUUCAUUAUCAUCCAUCAUCUGAAGAUAUGUUUAGGAUUAUUUUAUAGAUUUCAAGAUUUUUAAAAGAAUUUGGUGAUUUUGAAACACGUAAUACUCCUGUUUUUAGACAUCCUCCUAUAAUUGGUGUUUUAAGUGAUUUAUAUGAUAUAGGAUUGUUAUAUGAAAUACUUAAACUAGAUCUAUUUUAUGAUAAAGCACCAGAACUUAAAGAAUUUGAUCCAGCUAAACAUUUAAAACGUGUUGCUAAACCAUAAACUGCUCCAGUGUUAUCAACAAUGGAAUCACUAAAUGUAGAGAUUAAUUAAAAUAGAUAAGCAAUUAGAAUGCAUUAUCUUUCAUAAUUCUCUAAACCAAUGGAACAAACUGAAAAUGAAGAGGAAAUGCCUGAAACUUUAGAUUAAUUAGCUGAAGAAUUAAACCAUAGAUUAAAAAAAGUUAUUCAACAAAAAGAAGAAAAUCUCUCUUAAGAUUUAUUACAAUCAAAUGAGAGAGAAUCUACGGAUUAUUAUUAUAAAAGAUGGAUUUGGAUAUAAUUUCCAUGGGCUUGUAUGAGUAUUGAUAAAAAUUGUGAUUACUCUACUAUUAUUAAAUAAUGUUUCUCUUCAGCAACUGAUUAUAUGAGUGUUGAAGAUGAAAAUGCUUUCACUGAAUCAGCUCUUAAAAUUGCACUUGAAGCUAAAAGAAAACAAAAAGAAAUGUAUGAAUAAAAGUAAGAAUAAUAAACUCGAUUGUAAUUGAUUCCAUAAGUCUCCGUUUUACAAUAAAAGAAUUAAGAAGAAAUCUUGAAAAAAUAAAAAAGAGAAUAAAUGUAAUACAGUACAAUUUCAAGUUAAAGAUUUAGUAGAUCUUCUGCUGUUCUCUUACCUCCAUUAUCUAAUAGAACUGAUAUUAUUGCUUAAUAAGAUAUUUCUAUUGAUAAUCAACAAAAUCAUUUAAUGUUUAUAACUUCAGAUUUUACUGAUUCAAAUUAUCUUAAUGAAGAAUCAAAAAAAAUCAAACUAACUCAAUCAGUUUUACCAAAUGAUGGCAAAUAAACUAUGUAAUUAAUUGAUUAAUUGAAAAAAUAAAAAAACAAAUUCAGAUAAUUCGAUUCAAACUCUGUUUCUUAUGAGUCAUAUAAAAUAACUGAAAUAUAUCCAAUUGUCAAGGGAAAUAUUUAACAACACUCAACCGCUUAGUAUAAUUUGCUUCAAAAUCAAGCAAGAAAUAUGAGAUAGAAAUUGGAUUUAAUAAUAUAUCAAAAUUUAUAACUUGCUCAAACUUAUAAAUAAUUAAAGAUUAUAGAUUUCAAUAAAGGAUCUUUAAAAAAAGAAAUUGAUAAUUUAGAUGAUUUAAAAUCAUUAGAAAAAGAACUUAAAUAAUCAAUAUAGAGAGCAGAAAAAGAUUUAAAGAAAUCUUGUAAAAUUAAAAUAAGAGUUAAAAAAAUUUUGAAAAUUUGUAGAGAUAAUAAAUAAUAAAAUGAAGAAUAUAUUAGACAUUUAAAUUAUUUAACUAGGAAUUUUGCUAAAUUAAUUAAAUUUGAAGAAAUUGAAAUUUAAAAGAGUCAUUAAAAUAUUCAAUUAGCUAGACGUCAAUUUGAUGAAUUUUUAAGAGUUUAUCGUUAAAAAAGACAACAUUAAAAAACUUUAUUAUUUCAAAUAAGAAAUAGUUUAAAUUAAAAAUAACAUUUAGAUAAACAAUUUUAAAUUAGUGAUUAAUAGAUUGCACAAAAGGCAACUGCAUCUAUAUAAAAAUUGAGAAAAAAACUUAGCAAAAAAGAAGAUGAUACAAAAAAAUAAAAAAAUAAGGAAAUAUAAGAAAAGGAGGAAAAAUUGUAGAGAGAAAAAUUAAUGAAUUUAGAAGAAUAAUAUAAAAAAAUUAAAAAUGUAUUCGAAAUUAAAAAUUAUGAUUAUAAUUUGAAAAAAGAGUUCAUUGAUUUUAUGGCAUAGAAAGAAAGAAAAAGCGAAUAUGAAAUUAAAUUGUCUGAGUGUAGACAAAAGUUAAGUGAAGUUUUGGAUUCAAACAGAAAAUUAAAUGAAUAAGCUAAAACUUUUGAGAAUGCUUAUUCAUCUAUUAAUAUAAAUUAACAGGAUAUAAAAAAAGAUGGUAAUAUAAAUAAAAUGUAAUUUAUAGAUGAUGCUUAAGAAAAGAAGCAAGGUACAAAUAUUUAAGUACAAGAAUUACAACUUAAAAAACUUAUGAUUUUGUAGGCCCGAUUUGCAAGUUCGUUAGAUUUAAUAUAAAAAAAAAUUGGAGCAAAAGAUGAUGAUGAGGUAAUUGACUAUUAAAUUUUUAAGAUUUUGAAAUUUUUAGAGGAGAGAAGGCAAGUUAUAAUAAAAAAUUCAGGUUAGGCAGAUUAUUAAAAGAUAUUAAAUUAAAAGUAUGACACUGAAACACUUUUAAAAUAACAAGCACCAUUUUAUUUUCCUAAAAGAUACCAAAUUAAUAGCAGUAACACCAGUGAUAUUUGAAAGAGAAAUAUAU